CACGUUUGUACUCUUUUGUGGUAAUAAUUUGAAACAUGAUAAUUUUUCCGCCCACAUGGAUGAUUGGAUUACUGCCACUGCAUUUAUUGCUUCCCUCAAUAGUUCAACUAUUUCCUGAACAGUUUUUAAGGCUAACUUUCAUACCUGGAGGCAUAUUGGCCCUUGUCAGCAUCUCGCGGUGGAUCGGAUGUCAAACUACUCAAUGACGGAGCUCAAUAGUGGACAUCCGAUUUUCGUUUACUUUCAUGGCAACAAAAGAUCAAGAUCCGCCAGAACCAGAACGAGUACAUACAAGCGAAUUUCCUCUCUAGGCUAUCAUGUGAUAGCAUUUGAUUACAGAGGUUAUGGCGAUUCAUCCGGUAGGAUGACAGGAGAGAAGGAUUGUGUACAGGAUUCGAUCUCUGUUCUGAAAUACGUCUACGAGCACAAAGGCUCAAGCCCGGUAUAUUUUUACGGCCAUUCUCUAGGAACUGGGGUAGUCGGGUCAGUCGUGGCUUUUCUAAAGAGCAAGGGCAACGCAACUCUUACUGAUAUUUCGUUGCCCGAUGGUAUUGUAUUGGAUUCUGCGUUUACAUCUUUGGCAGACGCGGCAAUCAAAACGUUUCCAGACUGGGUUUACCGCAUCCUCCCUCUGCACAAAAUAACUCAAAAGCUAGGAGUGGAAUUCAACAGCAUGAAGAACCUUUAUGGCCUCCAAAAACCGAUGUUGAUUCUGCAUGCAGAAGAUGACCCAACGGUACCAUUUAAUCAAGGUAAACAGCUCGCAGAACAUCUGCAACGACAGUCACCGGUGACAUUCGUUCCAUUUUCGGCUGGUCGACAGUUGGGUCACAACAGUAUUUAUUCAGUCGAGGAAUUCGCCAAAAUACUCAACCAAAUGGUACAGUUACGUAACGUAACUCACUCUACGACAGGAAACGUGAAUGUCUGCAGCUGAACCAGCCGAAAAACCGGACACCGAAACAAUGUGAAUUCGCAAUGCCCAGUCCCCUUCCUUGAUUAAUUAAACCUACUAUUACAUGUCGUUAGUGGAAUCCUG